AAAUGAGGUCCAAAAGCAGCGGUGUGGAAAGCCCAGCCAAUGGGGUGCUUGGGGUUCACAGGGACCCCCAUGACUUCAGUCAAGAACAGGAAGUGGGUCUGCCUGUGAAGAGCCUGAAGGCCAAAGUUCAGCAGAAUGACAGUGAUGCAUUAGAGGUUGAGAUGAUCUCUGACAAAGACAAGCUACUGUUUGAUUCCCCUGAAGCGGGAGAAAAGAAAAAAAACAUCAUGGACCUGUCCAAAGAGGGUCUGAUCAAACUGAUGGGGAUCAUGGAAGGAGAGGUUCAGGUGGAGAAGAAUGUUAUCCAGCAUGCUAAAGUUCCAAACAGGACUGUCCCAGAGGACCUUGCAUCACGUUAUGGAUCUGCGGCCCCUGGUUCGGCCCUCCAUGCCCUGCAGAGGGACAGCUCCAUCACUGGCACUGAGCCGCAUGAUGACAGCGUCUACCAAAAGCCUAUGGCUCAGCUGGACCGUCUGCAGGAGAAGCACAAAGAGACGUACCGGAGGAUGCUGGGUCAGUUGCUUCUAGCUGAGAAGUCCCACCGUCGCACUGUCCAUGAGCUGGACACAGAGAAACGCAAACAUGUAGACUACAUGGACAAGAGCGACGACUUCACAAAUCUUCUGGAGCAGGAAAGAGAAAGACUAAAGAGGUUGCUUGAGACCGAGAAGUCCUACCAUAUAAGAAAGGACAAGGAGCACUCUAAACGCCUGGCCAAGGUGCGAGAGGAACUAGUCAAGCUCAAGUCCUUUGCCCUGAUGUUGGUCAAUGAGCGCCAGCAGCACCUGGAGCAAAUGGACCAACAGAGCCAACGAGCCCAGGAACUCAGCCAGCAGCUCCAACAGUGGGAGCAGGAAUUGAGUGAAGCCAAGGAGCGUGCUAAGGAAGAUGGCCACAGGGUGCUAAGCCUGGAGGCUGAGCUUAAAGAGAAAUCCGCCAAGCUCACCCAACAGCAUGAGGAGACAAGUGCCAAGCUGGCCACUCAGGAGAUCCACAACCGUCAACUCAAUGCCAAACUUGUAGUGCUUACCCAUGAGGUGGAGGAGCUAGAGGAGAGAAACAAGGUCUUGGAGAAAUCUGAGGAGGAGCUGCAGGAGCUAAGGGAGAAGAUUGGCAAAGGGGAGUGUGGCAACUCUAACUUGAUUACUGAGCUGGAGAACUUGCGGAAACGAGUGCGGGAGAUGGAAGGAAAAGAUGAGGAGAUUACCAAGACUGAAAAUCAGUGUAAAGAGCUCGGAAAGAGGCUACAAGAGGAAAAUAGUAAGAGCAAAGACCUCAGGCUAGAAGUAGAGAAGCUCCAGAAAAGGAUGAUGGAGUUAGAGAAACUUGAGGGUGGCUUUAGCAUAAGCAAGGCUGAAUGUUCAGAGUUACACACUGCUCUAGAGACAGAGAAAGGACUCGCCAUAGAGCUCUCAGAUGAAGUUGUAGCUCUCAGGAUACGCAUGAAAGAGGUAGAGUCUUCUGAGCUGAAGUUAGAAAAGUCUGAGCUGAGCCUUAAGGAUGACUUGAGUAAGCUGAAAUCAUUGACUGUUGCUUUGAUGGAAAAACAAAAAAAUCUGAUGGAAAGAUCAAAGUCAGAUGAGAAGAAAAAGGAAGAUCUGAGUAACAUGGUCAAAGUUGAGCAGGGCAAGGUAAUGGAGGUGACUGAGAAAUGGAUAGAGGAAAGCAAAAAGCUCUUGAAAUUGAAAACAGAGAUGGAAACCAAAGUAGAGACUCUUACUAAAGAAAAAGGAGACGUUAGCACUAGACUAGCCUAUGAAAUUGAUGUAACUCAGGAUCUCAGUUCCAAAGUCAGUCAAAUGAAAAAGAGGUUGGAUAGCUUCGAGCAAGCAGAAAAGCUAUCUGUGAAGAACUCAGUAAAAUGUGAACUGGGAAGAAUGUUUGACACAGUCAAAAUGGAAGACAACAAAGUUAAAGAGCUGAUAUUUGAAAUUGAACGCCUCAAAAAUCGUCUCAAACAACUAGAAGUAGUUGAGGGAGAUCUGAUCAAGACAGAGGAUCAGUACGACAUGUUGGAAAAAAGAUUCAUGACUGAACAAGACAAGGCCAACAUUCUUUCCCAACAGGUGGAGGAAAUGAGGGGUCAGAUAGCACAAAACAAAGCAAUCGAGAAAGGAGAAAGCCAAGAAGUAGACAUCCGACAACGAUGCAAGAGAGAGGAGGCAAACACCAGGGAACUACAGGCAGACGUUGUAGCCCUCAAGGAAAAGAUCCAUGAACUAAUGAACAAGGAAGACCAACUUUCUCAGCUCCAAGUGGAUUACUCUGUCCUGCAGCAAAGGUUCUUAGAAGAGGAGGAGAGGGCCAAGAACAUGGGCACCGAAGUUUUCCAUCUGACCAAAGAAUUGGAGAUAGCAAAGCGCCAUAGUCGAGCACUAAGGCCCAGUUUAAAUGGAAGGAGAAUGGUGGAUGUUGCUGUGACAUCCACUGGAGUACAGACGGAGGCUUUGUCUUCUGGACCAACAGAGGAGGAUACCCCAGCUGUGUUCAUCAGAAAGUCUGUUCAAGAAGAGAAUCACAUUAUGAACAACUUUAGACAGAAGUGCCUUAAGAAGCCAACAGAAAAGAGCGGUCUUGAGCGUAGCCCUUCAACUGGCAAUGACAUGAGUGUAAAGAAAUCUUGGAUUCCCUGGAUGAGGAAAAAAGACCACACUCCUCAGGAGACCAACUUGGGAAAGCAUAUUCACAUUAACGGAGAACAUUUGACUUCUGAAUUGAAGCAAGGACAGCCUUUACACAUCCGCGUAACACCAGACCAUCAAAACAACAUGGCCACUCUUGAGAUCAGCAGCCCCACUGAAGAUGCUUUCUCUAUCUCAGCUCCACUCAGCCCCAACCCAUCUCAACCUAAAUCCAGAAUUACAAUCAUUCCAACAUACUCUGCUCCAACAAACAAGAGAAAGUCCUUAACAGGCCCAGAAAGAGCCAAGUCUCCAGUCAGCAUCACAACGAUAUCCAGAGCCAAGUCUCCGGAAAGCAGCCGAGUCCCAUCGGCCUCAGGAAGGCCCUUGUCCCCUGUCUCUAUUAUGACAGUGAGCACUGCCAUCGUGCCUGAAGUGUCUGCCUCCCCGGAACCACAGGAGAUGACAAUGGGCCGAGCGGUGUUCAAGGUUACCCCCGAGAAACAGAUGGUUCCAAUGCCUAUAAGGAAGGGCCCCACCAAUACUAGCAUCAUAACCACUACUGAAGACAACAAGAUCCACAUUCAUCUAGGAAACAACAUGACGUCAAAGAUGGUAGUCAGGCCGGAGAGCAAGGAAAUUACCCUAUCAACUGGGACAGUUUUGCGCUCCCCCCGCCAAAUCACCACCAGCACUACAAGAACUACCCAGAGCAAAGUGACGAGCACAAUCACAAUUUCCCCUGUCACAUCCACCACAUCUAGACCCACACAAAGCACGACUGGGCAUGAUGCCCAGCCAUCUCGCACAGGGCUGACCCGCAUCCCAAUGUCCAAGAGCCUGAAGACGGGGAAGGCUGUGCUGGGAUCCCUGGGGAUCUCGGGUGGAGUGAAGAUGGAGUCUCGAGCUGACAGUCAGUCUAUGAGGAUAGAAGUAAAAAAGUCCACUGUGAAUAGCAAUAUUUUACAAAAUGGAGGAAAAGCCUGAUUAACCACCAACAUACCCAAACAUAUCUUACAGUAUGGUGCUUUAGAGGGAUUGAAACAUUACCCACUGAAAUAAAGCUCUGAUAUCCCUAUAAAUCUCAACUAGACAUUGCAGGGCACAGAGGCUAUUCGGUAAUUAAAUAAGCCAUUUCUAUAUUUUGUAAAGUGUUUUGUACUUAUCUAUCUCAUAUCCAUAUCUGCAAUUGAAAAAUGUUGUCUGUUUCUGCAGUGUGUAACAUACUAUAUCAGACAGUGCUGCUACUAACUGCUUCUUGCUUUGAGUGGUUGUCUCACGUAUAAGGAGUUUGUGGAUAAUGUUUUAUAAGGACACACAUUAAAUCAAUAUACUUGUUUUCAUGUAAAUUAUUUCAUUUUUUUCUGUAAAGGAUUUGUACUGUAAACUAUUUUAAAUACAUUUGUUUUAAAACGUGUAGUGUGGCAUUCAUAUUA